AUGAGCACCCAGCGCCCGUGGAUCACUGUCGCGCACAUGGUGCAGACCCGCGACUAUCGCCAGUGCCAGAGUCGCUGGCAUCGCAUGCUUCAACAAGGCAUCGCCGUGCCGCAGGCCGACGCAGCCAUUGCGCACGAAGUGCUGGCCACAACGAUCGAGCCUGCAACGACCUUCGAGAGACCGGAGUCCGAAGAGAUCGACGACCUAUUUCGCUAUUGGCAGUCUGAGGACAGUAUUCCAGGCCCGGCGGCGAGCGACAACAGUCAUGUUGGGGCAGCAACGGACGUCGCCUCGAUGUUCGACCCUGCGAUGUAUUCGGCGCCCGCGGCAAAUACGCCCGUCGAGACGGCGGAGCCCCUCGAAACGACGACGACAGUUGUCGCACAUGUCGCUAUGAGCGAAGACGAAUUGACCAAGUGGUUCAGCGACACGUUUCUGCAAGAGCUCCCGAUGCACGUUUAG